AUGCCAAAUACAGUUCAACUAACAUUAAGUAUUCAACAUCCAAGUGAACUUGCUCUUCUAUUGAAACGUGGUCCUCUACCUGCAAUCGAGCAUUUAAAUGUAACUAAUGAGGAAAUGCUUACUGCUCGGCCACUAUGUCAACAUAAACCACUAUCCAAUAUUCAACUUUGCGAACAUAAUCUACGUCAAAUAGCUGAUGAUGCUCGACUGUGA